AGCACGUCAUCAGGGACAGCGAUCUGGUAACCAAACAGGAUAUAAGGCCGGUGGAUUUGAAUCGGAUAGUUAAUCUAAUAGAAGAUCGAUUCUCAGUAAGUAGCUUUCAUGCAACCUUGUCGAUAGACAUCUGCAUGCUUUGAAGAGGGUGGUGAAACAUUAUCAGUUUGGUUUUAUCAUUGUCUAUCUGUACCUCAACUCUUCUGAUCAACCUUUGGGGUAUCCCUACCAAAUGAAUUUCUAUCAAUUUAAUUCUGGAAAGUUUCCAAAGGAUCCAGAGUUCAUAGGAUUUUGCAGGAGAGUUCCGUAUUUCCACUAUCUUUGUUAUGAAAAAGUGUUUCCUGAAUCAUUCCUAAAUGACCUCAUUGUGAUUUGAAAAAAAGUGGAUUGCCCCAGCAAAAGAAAUAGCUUUCCUAGUUUUAUCAUUUUGAACACUAUGAUUCAAUCACACACCAACUUCUAAACUCAAAAAAAGACCAACAUUCAAUUUACCUGUUUGAUUAGCCCUUGCAGUAUCUUUUACUGAUCUGUGCAAGAUCCAAAAUUUAUUACCUCAUCUUCCCCACUUUAAACUUCGUUGCUAUAAUUUUGCUUGCUCACUUAAUUUGUCAGUAUCUCUUCCGAACUUUGUGCUCCACAUCCACAGCCUACUGCACCUCCAAUUUGGCAACUGAUUUCAAAGUCAGCCAUGAUGAAGUGAUUAAAAUUGGAGAUCUCAAGAGUCCAAAAUUGGAGGGGUGGAGAUAUCUCAGAAGAUUGUAAACAAGCAGGAGAAAAUCACAGAGAUGGGGAGGUCACGGCUACAGAAGAAUUUCAAAAUAAAGAUGAGAAUUUUAAAGUCAAACAGAUCAGUUAACCAGAGCCAGUGAGCUAUGUUGGGUGGAUGAGACAUGGUGUGAAUUACAUUACAGGCAACAGAGGUUUAGAUGGCCUCAAGUUUGCAGAGGGUAGAGCAUAGAAGGCUGGCAAGGAGUGUGUUGAAAUAGUGAAGUCUGAAGUUAACAAAGGAAAGGAUGAGAAUUUCAGUAGAAAAUGAGCUGAGGUUGGGUUGUGGUUGAGCAAUAUUAUUUAGCUGGAUAUAAGCAAGCUUAGUGAUGGAUGGAAAUGUGGCCAGAAGCUUACUUUGGGGUCACAUCUGAUACCACAAUUGUGAGCAGAAUGAUUUAGCCUUAGAUCUUUGCAAGAGAAUAGUUUGGAAUUGGUGGCUAAAGAACAGUUUGUGCUGGAGAUCAAAAACAACAAUUUAGGUCUUCACAUGUUUCAUUAAAGGAUGUUCCUGCCCAUACAAAACUGGGGUUGAACAAAUAGUGUGACCACUUAGAAAAAGUGGAAGGAUCAAGAGAGAGAUGAUGGUGCAGAUAACCUGUAUCUUUUUCUAUUCAUUCAUGCAACACUUACUGUUCAUCUCUAAUUGCCUGUUGGAAGGUGAUGGUGUGCUCCCUUCCUGAGCCACUGUUCUGUACAUAGUGUAAGCACAGUCGCAAUGCGGUUAGGUAGUGGGUUCUAAAAUUUUCCCCUUGCAAUGGUGAAGGAAUGGUGACAAAGUUCUAACUCAGCGUGGAUGUUGAUGUGGUGUUUUCAGAUGAUGUGAUAGAGGGACAAUAUGUAGGUGAUAAAUUGGAAAGGGUAAAUUAUAGAUCUUUGAGCUAUAUGAAGAGGCAACAUUGCAGUACUGAGAAGAAAAGUCAUUGCAUAUGCUUUUGUGCUUAUGGCUGGGUAUGUUUGAAUAAAAUCUGGUGAUGGUAGUCCUACCCAGCUGGACAAUGGCCGAGAGGUAUUAAGGGAGGAUGGUGUGGCCUGUCAUAUCAAAGGCUACAGGCAGGUCAGGAAGGACAUUGAAAGUAGACAGUUGAUCUUAGUCAGUCAUAUAUAAUGUGAUAUGGUGUUUCUGUUUGUAUCAGGGCUGAAACUUGUUUGCAGAUGAUCAUUCAGUUCCAGGAAAGAUGUGCAUAGAUUUGAGAGACCACAAGGUAUUUAAGAACUUUGAAGAGGAAAAAAAGGUUGGAGAUGGAAAGGUAGUUUGCAGGAACAGAGUUUCAAAGGGUUUUGUGUUAAGGAGAAGAUUGAAAAUGGCAGGAUGGAAGAGUAGGUAGACUGCUAGAGAAGAGAGCCCCAUUUACAAUAUCAACUGUUAUAGGAGUCACAGGAGAAAUUGGGUGGUCAGUGGUUUCGGGCUAGUAGAAUUAAAGGAACAAGAUUUGGUCUCAAGGACAUAAUGACUCAGUGAAGGCAUGAGGUGACAUGAAGAGAAAUGAGAGAAUGAUCCACAUUCAGGACUAGGGCAGUGGGAACAUUCAUGGAUAUUUGUCCCAUGGGUUGGGGUACAGUGAGGAGUGAUAAUGACAGCAAAUUAGAUAGUCACAGUCUUAGUGAUUUCAAGUCAGGGAAUUCCUCGGUAAGUAGUGAAUCUCUUGACUCACCAAAGCUUGCCUAUCAUCCACAAGGCCUAAAUCAGGAGUGUGUUGGGAUACUGAGAACAAAAAAAUGCUGUAAAUGACAGUAGGUCAGCAUCCGUAGGGAGUGUGGGCAAGCCAAACUUUUGAGUCUAGAUGACUCUUUAUCAGAGCGGCUGAUUUUUAAUCAGCAGUUUAAAUAUUCACGUCUUUCACCAUUGAUACACUGUGACAGCACUGCCAAAAUUUCUUCAACUGCAUCUUUCAAACUCACACUUUAUGAUCUAGAACUCUAGCAGCAAAAAAGUCCAGAGCUCCUUAAUGUUGAUUUAGAAGAUAGAGUAGAAGAGAUCAGGGGAGUGGUCUAAGGUUUGAAUUAGUGAAAAACCUCAGGGAUUAUCUUCACAUUCUGGUGAUGAUCCUGAAAUAAUGAACAGACUUAGUAGACAAGAGCAAGAUUCAAUCACACUUUGUAUGAUCCAGCUAGAUCCGUCAGUGAUUGGCUUAGCUGGUUGGCCACCAUAUCUUUGUACUGUGAACUUAAAGGGGUAGAAUUGAGGACCAUUCUCAAGGAAUAGCCAGAAUAAGUGAGAGUAAUGAUUAUAAUAUUGUUUAGAAAUUAGAAUGUCACUUUCAAUUAGUUAAGCAUAUCAAUAUCCCCAGAACUGCCAUAGUGAAUGGAGGGUCAAUGGCUACAUAGUUGGGAUUUGAAAAUAUAUGUUAAUCUUUUGCACAGUUUUGUUCAUCACAGUAAAGGAAGGAGCUAUUGAAAGAGCAAGCAACAUUGUGAAAAGAAAGAAUUUUUGUAUUAUGAGGAGCUUUUAUAUGAACUGAGUGUACUCAUUGGAAAAGAAAUGGUUGAAAGGCGAUUUGAUUGUUUUUAGGAUUCCAAAUUGUUUAGGUAAUGUAGACCAGGACAAGUAAUUUCAUGACAAGUAAUGACAAGAAGGGAAACUUGAUGGCUCCUAUGUUUCUAAACUAUUAUGAAGUUUAGUGCCUUAACUUCCAUUUGUAAAAAGCCAAUUAAAGACUUGGUUCAAGUCUUUAAAAUUCUUAAUCAUUGUGCAGAAAAAGUAAGAGAUCAGGAUGCCUACUUACAGCCAAUGUGUGAAAUCCUCAAACUGUGUGGCUUACCAUUUCUAAAGAAGAAGUCAUCUGACGAGUCUAACUUUGCCCAAGUUGUCUCUGAGUCUAUUUCACAAAUGGGUUACUUACUGAGGGUACCCAGUGCGGAGGUCCGAUUACAAAUCUGUGACUCCAUCAUGAGACUGUAUUCCAAAGAAUCACCUAAGCAGGAAAUUGAAGAAUAUUAUCCAACAAGUAAAAGCUACAAUAUGCAAAUGAUUGAAGAGAGCGCUGUGGUAGAAACCCUGGUCAUGGGGCUGACCCUUGUUCAAAACCAACCAAAGGUCAAGUUACGGAUAAUCCAGACUCUGCAGUGUCUUUCACGUUCAUCUGCUAUGAACUGUAACUUGAUGUUGAAUGCACUGGCAGCAAAUAAAAUCUGCCGCAUCCUGAAUGAUCCAGAUCCAUCUGGCCAACUUUUGUUUUGUUUGUCUGAUGUCCUAUGGAACUUACUUGAACAGGCGCCUAAACAGGAACUUGUUAAUCAGCUGAGUGAUUUUGAAUGUAUCUAUGCUAUGAAAAAAGCCUUUUUGAACCAAAUGAUAAAUGGUCAUAGUAAUUCCGACCGCCAGCUUCGAAAUGAUUUGCUAGUAAUAACUACAAAUCUAGCAGAGCAUCCUAUGAUUCCAUUGAUUGAAACAGGCUUUACUAAGCUACUGAUAAUGUUUGCUGUAUUUCCUGAAGUAAAGAGCCAUAACCCGUUGGUUCAGGGCCUCAAAGUUUCCAGUAAUCAUGAAGACUUUGAAAUGAAAAAAAUAUUCUUCAACUUGCUUGUUGCUUUGACAAAUGAUCUUGCUUCUAUACAGCUGCUUAGUGAAGGAGGAGCCCUACUGGCCCUGUUUCAUUACGUUCAACCAAAUGAGAACCCUAGAGUUCGGGAUUGGUCUCCUGCCCAGUAUGAAGAGCUUCAGCUUCAUGCCUUGGCUACUUUGAUCUCAGUGGCUCCAGUCAUGGUGGAUGAUUACAUGAAAUGCCAAGGAAAUACCCGUGUUCUGCUUCUGUUGGAUUGGUGCAUAAAUCAAGAUCCGUAUUAUGGUAAAGGGAAUUCAUUCCAUGCUGCUGGUGGCCGUGGCAGUAAGAAAGCUCAAAUGCGCUACUGUAUAAGACUCCUAAGAUCUAUGGCAUCCCUUGGUGAAGAGUUGAUAAAUCAGAAUUUGCUUGACCAAGGAAUUAUCUCUCAACUUCUAGAUAUUCUGAAAAUCAUAAUAAACAGCCCAGAGAAAGAGACACAGAUUAAUUUGGAUAUGCAAACUGACAUCCUCAUCAGCUUAUCCAGCAUAUGUGAAAAUGAUACUCAUAGAAAGGAGCUUUUUGGUGCCUUCGGAGUAGAUAUUCUCGUUAAUCUAUUAAAGAUUGACCCAAACAAAUUCUAUAGUGGCAAGGGUCACAAUAAGCUUAUACUGGCAACAGUAGACUGUAUCUGGUGCUGCAUUGUUGGGUGCUACACAGCCGAAGACAGCUUCCUUGAAAUGGGAGGCAUUUUUCUUCUACUAGAUUUGCUUGAAGCAAGCUCAAAGCGCAUGCAUGGUUUGAUACUUGGAACCCUACUUGAGUUGUGCGACAACCCAAAAACAAUUUCUCACAUAAAUGUAUGGCGUGGAAAACAUGAUUCUACAGCAGCUAGUCUUCUUCUACAUCUUUGGAGGGAAGAGGAGAAAGAAAUGCGAGUCAAGCGGGAUGAACAUGGGAGAAUUUUAGAUGCCAAAAAGCCUCUGCUUGGAAUUACACAGGAAGCAUAUGGAACAAUCUCUUUACCAUCCAAUCGCCUCUGUCCUACAGUAAUGGAUCUUGCUGAAAAUUCAAGGGUGAAAAUUUAUUCUAUUUUCUGUAAAUUAGGUUUUGAAGAUCUACCUGGUUUGUCUGCACAUGAUUAUGUCACACUUGCCAUUGUACAUGGAUACCUAGAUUUCAAGGUGGGAUGCAUAUGGAAUGAAGUUGAGAAGGAGCUUAAGCAGGAGUCAGUCUAUCCAGUUGCAGCAGAUUUGGACAGCAUGCAUAAUAUUUUGAAGCAUUAUGAGAAUCUUAGCUGGCAGAUUGCUCACUAUCAAACUGAUAUACUCGAAAACCGAGAAAAACAGGAUACAUAUGAAGAGCAGAAAAUGUAUUCAGAGAUACAACACAACCACAAACAAAGAGAAAUGUUCAUGAAGUCAUGGCAGGAGUAUGUGGCCAGGACAUCAAACUAUGAAACCUUGAAGAAAGCUAAAAAGGAUCAAGAACAGAGCAUAGAAUUGUCCAAGGUGAAGAAGAAAGAUUUAAGUCUUACCAUCCAUAAGACUGAAAUUGCAGGUUUACACACAACUGGUUUCUGGGGACGUUUGGUGUCAAUAGAAAGCACACCGAAGGAGUUACUAGGAGGUCCAUUUUCACCUGUAAAUCUUACGACAAAGGGAACGUGCAGAGAUGGUGCAGCAAUGAAAACUGGCGAUACUGGAAGCGAACUUAAGGAUACUUCAUGUUCUGUGUCUGUAAAAUGAGUUCUAGAUAUUGAUUAGAUUAAAUUCUUUAUGGAUACAGUUUGUAGACUUUUAUCGUGUUUGAGUUUUUCGUUAAU